AUGCGUGUCAUGGGUCUUCUCGGCGCCUGUGGCCUGGCCACAGCGUUUAGUCUGUAUCGUCUGGUGCUGGUGCUGAAAGAGGGCAGCACGCCGGACCAGACUAUUCUCUUUAUGUGUCAUUUUGUCCGGGUAUGUCUCCACCUUUGCCCCUCUAGCGAGCAGGAUCUGACUUUAGCCAGAAAUGCCGAGGGCGGUGUUGGAUUGAUCUGUGCUUGUCUCCCUGUCCUCAAUUCGCUGCUCGCCCAUUACCAAAGGAGCUACUUGUCACAAAAGUACUACACCCAAAGCUCAGAUGCGCAGCUGGGCUAUCGGAAGUCGGGCAACAACUCCAGAUCCGCGUCCCGCUGGGAACCACCAACACCUUUCAAUGAUCAAAUCCAUUUGAUAUCCUUUGUCGGUACGCCAUAUGCGACCAGAUCUGCACAUACGGAGGAUGGCAUCAGGAAGACAGUGGCGCUGGAGCAAACCGUCGACAGUGCUGGUAGUGCAGAUAGUGCCAGUGCCGAUGGUGCGAGCCGCUAG